CGCUGCGAUGUCGGGCUUCGCGACUGAGCCAAAGCUCUUCGGAAAGUGGUCGUUCGAGGAGGUGGAGGUCAAGGACAUAUCGCUGGAGGAUUACAUCGCGUGCAAACCGAAGUAUGCGCAGUUCCUGCCCCACUCGCAGGGCCGGUGGCAGAAGAAGCGCUUUCGCAAGGCGCAGUGCCCUAUUGUCGAGCGCAUGGUUUGCUCGAUGAUGCGGCACGGCCGCAACAACGGCAAGAAGCUGAUGGCUGUGCGCAUCGUCAAGCACGCCUUUGAGAUCGUCCACCUGCUGACGGACUCCAACCCAGUCCAGGUUUACGUCGACGCAGUCAUCAACUGCGGCCCACGCGAGGACUCGACCCGCGUCGGCGGCGGCGGCGCUGUGCGGCGCCAGGCGUGCGACGUGUCGCCGCUGCGCCGUGUCAACACGGCCAUCUACCUGAUGACGACGGGCGCGCGCGAGGCUUCGUUUCGCAACAUCAAGACGAUUGCCGAGUGCCUCGCCGAUGAGAUCAUGAACGCCGCAAAGGGCUCGUCCAACUCCUACGCCAUCAAGAAGAAGGACGAGAUUGAGCGCGUCGCCAAGUCCAACCGGUAAACAGUGCCCUCGCCGUGACGUGCGGAGGCCCUGCCGUACCCACCACCUGUUCGCUCUGGACGCACGCCCUGCGUGGGCACGACCUGGCGUUCGUGCGCAACAACUCGCCGUCCUUGUCUGUUUACUCCCCACACGGUCUUGUCUCUCUCGUGCGGAGACACGCACGCGAUGCUCGGAGGCCAGAGAGCGGAGAUCGUGUGGCGCGGGGGACGUGGUUAUGCUCUUUGCUCUCAAUUUUAGCCUCUACAGUACAAACCGAGGACCGCGAGGAUGAAACUGGGAGUGGCUCACUUCGAAAGAAGAGAACCCAUCAAAUCCAACCGUACAGGGGGACGCGCGGCGGGCCACGCCGCAGCGCCGCGCGCGCGGCGGCCGGCGCGCGACCGCGAGACGCGCCCGCGCGAGACUAUAUUAGAGGCGAGCCGAGCACCGACAGGAGCUGGACUGCUUGGAAUCAUAGCGACAUGCGGCGUAAAGGCGGGGAUGGUGGCCUCAGGUCAGGGGGCCUCGUGCCCGUUCAGCGUGCGCGUCGCGACCGAGGCAGAGUAGGAGCGCUUGCAUGCGUCCUUGAAGCCCUUGCCAAAGGAGAAGGUGGGCGCGACGGUGGCUGCAAUCUGCAUCUUCUCGCCCGUCUGCGGGUUGCGCCCCUCCCUGGCAGCCCGCUCCUUGGAGUCGAAGGUCCCGAACCCCACGAGCGACACCUUGUUGCCAUCAGCAACCGACUCGACGAUCACGUCGAGCGCGGACGAGAGGACGGCGCCGGCCAUCUUCUUGGAGACGCCAGCGCGGGCCGCGAUGGCGUCAACCAGGUCGCCCUUGGACACCGCCAUCCGCACCGAGCUCCGCGCAGCAACGUGGCCACCCCACGCUCGCGGCGCCGGCCGGAAAGCCUCCGCGCACGAGAGGAGCGCGCAGAGCACCGUCGCCAACAACCUAACCAUUUUAGACUC